CGCUGCCCGUGCCGGGUCUCAAAAGGUAGUUGUAGCUGAGCGCUGGAAGGUCCCACUUUCUUGCCGCGAGCGCUAAGGCACCCACCCAGGUCUUUUUUUGUCGGGGGCGAGAGAGCAGUUCAAAUGAGGCAAUCACACAACCCAAGGAUUUUCACCUGAAACUUCACCGUGACCGGAAACUAGUUUACAGCCCGCAAACCGACACAGAAUAAGGCGCUGCGCCAGCAAGAGCAACCCGCAUCGUCCGAGCUCUUAGGAUGGCGCUGCCAGAGGCUUGCGAGGCCUACCUUGUGGGGCUCUCGAGGACACCAUUUAUACGGGUACGUCACCGUCAUUCCAGGGAAAAGCAUUGUUAGGACACUUGUUUCUUAUCAGCAAUAAAUGUAAAAGGUUGUGUAUUAAAUGCUUUGGGGUUUAGAGAUGGAAAAGCGAGGGAGUGUAGGCUUUGUCUACAGGUUUGGGACGAGUUCUCAUUCAUGCCAUUGCCUUUCCCAGCAACGCUGGAGAUAUGCCUGGUGAAGACCUUUUUUGUAUUUUGGUUAAAAAAUCGUAAAAAGCACUAAUAGCGUAAAACUCGCUAAUACCGCAAUUAACACUCAGCUGCAUCUGUGGGAAACUAUGAAAGCAAUUUCUGCAUUUGCAAUUUAUUUCUACAGCUCAGUGCACCUCACGAAGUUUGGGUGCCUUCAUCCUUACAACAUACCCCAUACAAGCGCCGUUUUUACUCUGUUCGCUGUCAGCGGCUGUAUAGAGCAUUUAAAAGAAACUGCAACCGCUACGAUUGCACUUUGUAAAUCAGACAAUAAAACGUCCCUCUCAAUUCUCUGCGCAGUCGCCUAGCAACAAGGAGAGGCAGUGACGUUUUGUUCCCGCGCAAGCGCACCGGCAGUUUUCAAACAAGUCCGCACCGGCUGAGUUGAGCUGAGCUUCCUGGGUUCCCUUCAAGACUCCAGGAACUUGUUUCCAAUUUGUGGCCAGUGAUGUAAUGGUGUCGGGCGCACGUUUCGCCCAUCUUCUCCACAUUUUUCUACUCCCUAGUGUCUUGGGAGUCUUUAUUUCUUGUAAUGCAACACGUAGUUUCUAAGAAUUUGGAAAAUAAUUGCAACUAUGUGUCUUAGUUUAAAGGAUAGUCAAUUAUGGUACACAGGUAAACAAAUCUCCCUCCAAGACUAACAUUUCCUAAGUGAAAGCAUUUUGAAAGACAAACUUUUUUUAAACAACCUUCCAGUCAAAAGCAUCUUUUAAAGUUGCAUUAACUGAGCUUUAAAGAAGAUAGGAACACCACCGAAAUGAAGGGUGCUGAACCUGUUUUCUUAAUGGCUGCUCAGUAUAAUGAAAAACCUAUCAUAAGGUAGAAUCUGGGCUACCUCCUCUAUACUAGAAAAGGGUCAACUUCGUAGGCUCUUGAAAUGUUAAGAACGGGAAUAUGAGGUCUUGGCAAUGGGAAAUGACCCCCUUUUCUCUCCGGAACCCAGUUUUAGGGUUAAGUCCACACUUAACUCCACAAGGAGAACUUCUGGGAGCCAUUGGGACUGGUGCGCUUUUGUACCUAGGGGUGGGUCUGGAGAAUUUUGAAUUACCGCCAUUUUGCAUCUGGCAAAAUGUACUCGAGGCAUUAAAACGUUAAGUUUCAGAAAGCUCCAAGUGUAGACAACAGCAUAAUGCUUAACAAAAAGCCUAAUUACAGGAAAUAUUUCUGCAAACUAAUGUAAUUUUGCUGUGCCUAAGAUUGUCUUCUAGGCGUCAAAGGAGUUCCUCAGUUAACUUGAGCAGGAUCUCGUUUUUCUAAGGUUUCGGAAAUUUGUAAUCCAAUACCAGAUUAUCGAGGAAUGUAAAAAGCACAUUUUUGGAAGAAAUAUUCCCUCAAUUUUCCCUCUCAAGAACUAAGAUAUACAGAAUUGGGGAACUACAGUAUCAAUAAAGUCAAUGUCUACUUUUACGAAAAGGUACGGUAAUGCUUAAAACAUUGUAUUUACAUAAAAAUCAAGUUCAAGAAAGACCAAAGUAAAAAUAUUGAAGAGCCGAGGAUAGAACGUAAUAGCCAAUGAAACUGCAAGAUUGUUGAAUAGUUUUAAAUAUAGACCAAUCAGAGCCUAGGGCAUGACAUAAACAUUUUUCUCAUCCAAUCAUUACACUUUACCUACGGUAAAUAAGCCGUGCUAGCCGGCGAUAAGGUUGUGUUUGGAAUGUCUGCAGGGAUUGGUUCUGAUGGCUCGUACUAAACAGACAGCUCGCAAGUCCACCGGCGGCAAGGCCCCGCGCAAGCAGCUGGCCACAAAGGCGGCCCGCAAGAGCGCGCCAGCUACGGGCGGCGUGAAAAAGCCCCACCGCUACCGGCCCGGCACGGUGGCGCUGCGCGAGAUCCGCCGCUACCAGAAGUCCACCGAACUGCUAAUCCGGAAGCUGCCGUUCCAGCGCUUGGUGCGCGAAAUCGCGCAGGACUUCAAGACCGAUUUACGCUUUCAGAGCUCGGCCGUGAUGGCGCUACAAGAGGCCUGCGAGGCCUACCUAGUGGGGCUCUUCGAGGACACCAACCUGUGUGCCAUCCACGCCAAACGUGUCACCAUCAUGCCGAAGGAUAUUCAGUUGGCGCGCCGCAUCCGAGGAGAGCGGGCAUAAUUAACACUGCCAAAGAUCAGUAACAAACCAAAGGCUCUUUUAAGGGCCACCCACAUUUUCCCAUGAAACAGCUGUAAAGUACUACCAAUUUAGUCAUUUAAUAGUCGUUUGGAAUCGAAGGCCUGUUUGUAGACAACAUUGAAGGGUUAUGGAUGAUUGCCUUUAUCUUAACCUCAGGGCACACGCAAACUGACCCUUUACAAAUGUUUAGUACUUUAAAAGUUCUGAUAAUCUGUACAGGGACUGGACAUUUAAAGAGCGCUAAAUUAUAGGCUGUUGAGCAGUUGUAGAAAACAAGGUUCCUAUGGCCAGAAUUCUCAGCUACUUCAGGUCGGCUUGCCUUUUACACACGUGUGGGCAAUAUACUACUGACUUUUUAUAAAGACCUCCGCGCACUGCUCUGGGCUGCUGGAGAGCAGAGAUUGAAGUGGUGGUUCGACGAUAUACUGAGAAGGCCUCGGGGCAGAGAGGCCCAGAGGCAGAGACAGGUUUUGCUACAUGCACUUAGGCUCUGAGUUACCGGGAUUCUUGUGCUUGACCUGCCACUGUGGGAAUAAAGUUGGGUAAAAACCC